AUGUGCAAACCUGGAGACGAAGAAAUUCUCGGUGAAUUUCCUUCUGACAAACUUCUUCUUCUUCUUGUGAAUUCGGCUGGCAUUGCCACAACGACAGACACUUACAAGGAAGAGGGCUCCAAUAAGAAGCUUGUUGCCGGAAUCCUUGCCUUCUGUGGCGUUGUCACGGUUUCUUCCAUCAUCGCAAUGGCUGCUAUGAGUGUUCAGAUUUCCAACAAGGCCCAACCUGCCAGUGCCGGCACUUCGUCCGAGGGAGCUACCAUUAUCAUCAACGCUGGAAGUGGGUCUACUUCUGGCAGCAGCACAGCCACAGUUGGUACCACAACCAAGGAUGAAGUCCAACUCUUCGCUAGACCUCCUGUUGCCGGUCCCAACGAGUGCGAAGGAAAGAAGAUUCAAAUCGAUAAUGUUGACUGUUUGAUUGACGCUCUGGAGAAGGUCCUGCCACAAGCUGGAGGAAACGUCACCAUGGGAUUCAAGGGUGAAAUGGUCGUCGGGCACGAACCAAUCAAGACUCCCUACUUCCAAAACGACAUGUGCCCCGUCAAUGUCCACUGGCACUUGGGCGCGGAGCACCUUUCCGUCGGUGAAUUCGACGAAAUGGGUGCUGGUCCAAAUACCAAGCCAGGAGACUUGCGCCGAAAGCUUGCCGGAAAUGAAGAGGUCCGUGGUGGAUUCCGUUGCCGCCACUACGAUGAGAACGACAAAAAGUUCACCAAGGAAUACGACUGGCAGCACUGUGUCGGGAUGGAAGUUGGUGAGACUUAUGAAGUGCACUGGCCCCACUCUGCUGCAGGUGCCUGUGGAACCAUCAACCAAUACCAAACCCCUUUCUAUGAUGGUGUCCUUUGCCGAGUUGGAAUUCUUGGCGAUCUUUCCCGUCUUCCUCAACAAGUUGGUGUCCAAGGCCAAGUCUUCACCAUUGUCAACGACGAAGACUAUUUCUACCCCGACCUCAUGCGUGGAAUGAUUGUCGAUGGAGAAAUGGGAAAGCAAAUCACCAAGUACACAGGAUCCACCACUGGAACCACCCGUGACAACGAAAUCUGCUCCGCUUACUCCCCCAUCACUUGGCAAGUCGACCGAAAGUGCCACAUGAUCUCUGCCUCUUCCUUCGACAAGAUGUGCGCCGAUAUGAAGUCCCAACGUGAUGACAUGAGCGACGACCUUUACCCCCAUGGUUCUCGAGAGCUUGUCGACAGCAAGUAUGUCGCCAACAACCAAAACAACCGUGCCCUUCGAGGAAACUAA